AUGAUGGCCAUGCUCCAUCUCGCAAGUUUUCGAGGUACCACGAAGCUCUUCUUUCUUUGUGUACCUAUUCGUACACCCAUUCUGUCGUGUCGAGUCUUCGACAGCUUUGAUGCCGUGAUAAGAUGGGAUCAACCAUGCACUCACCUUUCGCUCUGUACCUUGCGUGGUCUUAUCCCGUCGGGUACAGAUAUCUCACGUUACACGCCCGAUUCAUCCGCGCAAUGCGUGUUUUCUGCUCAAGACUCGAGACAGAGGAUUGCCGCGGGCCGUCAGAGACAUAGUGCUCUUAUAUGGUGGCAUCGUUACAUUGGCGCACUAGAUUGGCUCGUUCAACGUGCCGUCCUUGCUCCUUUUCAUUUACCCGUCAUAUACAAACUGCCGUAUAGCCAUAGAUUUCUGCUCAUCGAGCAGGUCUUCGGAGGGAGAUGGACCGCAAGAGGGGUUCCUCUGCAAAAUCGCAAAUCCUCAAGAAGCAUCAUCUACAAUCCAAAGAGCAACGUUUCAAAAGCCAAAAACAUGCGCUUCGUCCUACUCGCCACGUCCCUGGCAUCCCUCGCCGGCAUCGUUCUCGCCAAGCCAGAGAAGAUCAGGGGCGUGACCGAUCCCGUCUACCACCUGUACCUCCAAGCCUACCCAAAAGACAAGUCGAUCCCCGUUCUGGGGCCUGAGGCGUCGGCAGAAUUCUUCAAUAUUGCGGGAACCAUCCAGAGCGCCAACUCGAGCUCGUAUCUCAACAUUGGCGGCGAUGCUACGUCGUACAAGACUCUUUCGUUGAGCAACGCCUCCGGCACCAGCGCGUGGGGGCUCGAGGGUGAUACUAUCAUCACUACCCAGAGUAGUAGCUGGGGACGACAGCUGAAUUUCUUGGAACUGCAGCAAUUAUCAGACCAUCCAUCUGCCUUGCCUCUGCUAAAUAGCAUUGGUCUGACAUCGGCUUUUGUGGCACAGAGAAGGAAGUCUGGCAAUGCUUGGUUUUAUGGCCCGGCACAAUGGAGAAUGUAUCUCGCCGCGAUCGGCGGCUCUCGUCGACUGAGCUGGAUUGAGAGUGCGUUGCCCACUGCCUGCCCGCUGUUGUAUCGGGAACCCCGCUUUGAGGCACGGCAAGAUAAGAUGAACCAAGACCAAAAGGCCUGGCAAGCUUCAUGUAGACAUGUUGAGUUGACGCUGAAGGAUGAAAAUGGUCUUCAAAACUUGAGAGAGGUUGAGAUAAGUCGAGCUCACAAGUUCAGGUUUUGGCAGAUGGAGACAGAAGCAAAAGGGACCAGGGCAGGGAUGGCACCAGAGGGGGCUAGAAUGGCACCAGCACCUACCCAAGUGGAGGCCGGCCGUUUAGCUGCAGGGCGCCUCUGCAACGCUGCAAUAACCGCUGCAAUAAUACGGUUAAUUCCAAGAACUUGUCAGCUUGUCAGGCCCUGGGUCCUCUCGUCGGAUCCUGCUGGGAUUCCAGGGCUCGGGGAAAGAUGGGAUGGGACGGACUGGACCUGCUGUGUUCCAUGUGGUGACGGCUGGUUCCUCUGCUCAACUCUUUGUGCAUCAAGUGGAAAUGCAACGCCGUCACCGUUUUCUUCUGGUUAUUGCAACCAAGCUCCCACUUGCGGUCCGCUUCCUGCCACCUCGCCCAAAAAUCUACCGGCAGGUUGGCACAUUCUGCUUCUAUCACCCAGCUUUCUUUCCCGACCGCCGGACUUUGCACCGACUUCGCACCUCCUCUGCUUUGAGUUGUCUGCAUGCCAUAUUUCGCAACAGCAUCCGUCGAUAUCCUCUGAAUACCUUACUCCUGCCGAGUUCCUGCCAUCGACCAGCGAGACGAGACGAUCCAACUUUGCUCUGAUACUAUACAAACACCAUCUACGGUCCCCUCACCGUCUCGCGUGCUCCCCACCACCAAACUUAGCUCGGCCCUCUCCAAGUCUGCGACGACAUUUACGAGCGCCUCUCUUUGUCGCUUCCCUCGACCGUUCGCGACCACGCCGACCUGCCGUCCAAAGUGGCCGGUCAUCGCCAGAAACAUACCCCUCUGUCGGCGCGGCUCCAGCAAGCCAGCUCGUCGCGCCGAUGUGGUGGUUCCUCCGAAUCGUCGCCAGUGCCAUCUUCCUGCUGAGCAUAGUCCUCUCCAUACCUGUCGCCUUUGAUGUCGGCGGUAGGGACAGUGGACUGGCCUACAGUCUUGCCCUCUCCGCCUUCUACUUUGUCUACUCGACCAUCGCCGUCGUCACCCCCGCAAAGUCGCGCGUUCGCUGGGCCAUAUCCGUCAUCCUUCGCCUCUCCCAGUGGGUCGUCAUUCCCGGACUUUUGAUCUGGGCCCUCAGCCGCUUCGCCGUCGACGCUGGAGCUACCAACUGGGUGGAGCGGACACUGCAAGGCAUCACCACUUCCAAGUCGACGUCAUGGGGCGAAUGGGUAUUUGGCGAGGGUGGUGUUAUUGAGACCAUAACCUUGGGCGGUUGGGAUAAGACGUUGAGGUACUCAAGUCCCGUCUUCCAGCUUCUCGAGGGAUUCUGCACGCUCCUUGUCAUUCAAGCUGCCGGACAGAUCACCAAAUGGCUCGUCAACAGAGGACGAAGCGACACUUGGAUUCCCGUUCACGGACAGUCUGGCCGUGUCCUAAUUAUCCUGCUCGUUAUCUCUGGCAGCGUGCUUGCGAGCGCCGUUUACUUUCUCUGGCGUGUCGCCCACUUCCCUUGGAUUGACAACUCAGAUGCCAUCUUGAUCGGUGUCACCAUGACUUCAGCCUUCUUCCUGGGCGCGUAUGGAAUUGGCAGCGGGCGCGGCAACCCUAUCGAGUCGUCCCUGCUUUUCGCAUACGUCGUCCUCUGCGUCUACCAGAUCUUCACCGAUUACCUCCCCUCGGAGUCCACCGAGGCGGAUCAACACCAGUCCUCACAGCCCGACUUCCCACCCUUGCCUCCGAUUAUCAUGGCGUCUUACUCGACUCUGCUCCACAUGCUCGGCUCCCUUCCCCAUGCCGUCCACUCGUCUCUCAGUCUUCUCUACGCGGCGUUCCAGACCAUUACGCCUUCUGUCAUCAUUUCGCUCGCCUUCCGACUUCUUGUCUUUUACUGCGCUACACGCAUUAUUCCUGCCGUCCGUGAAUCGGGAGCCAGGGCUCUCAUGGAGGAACCGACUCUGGAAGAAUCAGACGCUGCCAACUGGCUCCUUGGGAUUAUCACCUACUUCUCGCCUUCGAUUCUCAUUGCCAUGUACACAAGCUUGCUUCUGCAACACUUCUCAACAAACGAUGGGCCAGAUGGAUGGACACUGAGAGGAGGUGACCCCGGCGGCAACGUCUGGCGCUGGACGAACGUAGCAGCAACAAUGACCCUGUACGCAAUUGAGUUGUACUUGGGCAACGAGGAUCACGAUGGUGGUCUGACAAAUCACUGGAAGAUGGAUUGA